AUGGCACGCCUACUGUUCGUCGUGUCGUUCGCCGUCCUGCUGGCGGUGGCGUCCGCAGGACAAUCCGUCGUGACGGGACCCAACAACCCCCCGGUCAACCUGGACAAUGCAAAGGGCGCGAAUGGCGUGGCUACGGAGGUCCCUCCUGGCAUUGAGAAGGCGGCAGCCGCCGGCGGGCUUGACAAGUAUGAGGGCACGACCAUUGCGAGCCUUUAUAGCGCGCGCUUCACUUGCCUCCCCGCGCGGCCUCCUCUCACCUCCCCGCGCAUCCUCCUCUCGCCGCCUCACGCGUGCUUCUCUCGCCUCCCCGCGCUAACUCCUCUCGCCUCCCCUCGUGUGCACCUCUCACCCCCCCUCUACCGCCCCUCUUGCCUCCCCGUGCAGCCUCCUCUCACCUCCCUGCGCGUGCUCCACUCGCCUCCCCUCGCGUGGUCCUCUCACCUCACCUUGUGUGCUCCUCUCGCCCCCCCACGCGUGCUCCUCUCUCCUCAUCUUGCGUGCCCCUCUCGCCUCCCCAUGCGUGCCCCUCUAAGAUGCGUGAGGGGCUUCACCUCCCGUCUCCUCACUGCCUCUCUUCGUCUCGCGACAGCCUCUGUUCGCGUCGCUGAUCGCAAAUAUUGCCCUUGGCCCCUGCUCACACUCUUGCAACGGCUGUGCUUCCGCAUCCCCUCUGCACGCCCUCUUUCCCCCUCUUCCACGCCCUCAUUUCCCACCCUGCUUGCCCACGUUUCCCCACCUUGCAGUCCCUCACAAGCCCUCGGUGGGGUGCUCCUCUCUCCUCACCUCCCGUGGUCCACUCUAACAGGGCAUGGUGCUCCUCUCCUCUCGCCUCCCGUGCUCCACUCUGGAAUGUGGGACGCUCCUCUCUCCUCACCUCCCGUGCUCCCCUCUGACAGGGGGGUGCUCCUCUCUCCUCACCUCCCGUGCUCCCCCCUGACAGGUGGGGUGCUCCUCUCUCCUCACCUCCCGUGGUCCACUCUGACAGGGCAUGGUUGUCAGAAUGAGGAAUGA